AUGGCCACAAGACUCGAAAACGGGCAUUUCAAUCCCUACGCAAGGGACAACUCGUCUGGCAUGAUCGAAGCUGCACACUGUGCUGCCUUCACCAACCCUUGUAAUGCAGGUCAAGCAGGAAAUUUCGAACGCCUGGAGGCAGGAUCAGUGUCGGAAUCCACGAAUCCGUUCAAGUUUAUUAAUGAAUUUUAUGAGGCCAACGCCAACCUGUUAUGUCCUCCACCUCGAGACUUCAGUGAUAUUAAGAGCGUGGAGGACUCCGUCAAUGGGUACACCGAAUCAGCGCAGGCGGUCGUGAAAGGACUCCAGGCUCUCUCCCAGUUACAUCCAUUCAUAACAGUGGCUGUUGGUGCUUUUGUAGUCAUCAUCACUCUAGACUUGAGUCGACGGGACAAUGAUCGUAAAGUUCAUGCCAUCAGGCUUCAAAUGCAAGACCUCAUGACUGUAUUUUUUGAGCUCCGCCAUGUCCACAAUUCCCAGGAAGCUGCCCCCGAUGGCUUGAUGAUAGCAGACCAGCUUGGAGGUCUUAUGAUAAUGAUUGCGAAAGACGUAAAAGCAUCCAAAACCGUCAAAGCUGCCAAGUAUGAAGCGCGCCUCUCCGACUUCGUGACAACGUUCUCGGACCACCGACAGAAGCUGGAGAUGGCCUUUGCUUUGCACACAACUCUCGGCGUCGACGCCGCCAAUUCCAUCAAAGAGAAGCUCAACAUGAUCGCCCUCUUCCGCAAGCUUGACACCCCACGAGAGAGGGAGAUACAAAAGUUCAUCAAAGAGCACGGCAGAGUCAAGGCAUGUUUGAAUAACGAUGAGCUCCUGGAAGAGCUGAUCGUCAAACGACCUCCCGAGCAUUUGCAAGCGGCUGCUAAAGAGCUGAUGGAGGAUGUCGACAAAACAUUCGCACGGAAUAUGGUCCUGUUCGAGAGGAAGCUCAACAUGCAGAGCAAGCCGCUUACAGAGACAAUCCAGUCUGAGUCAGACCAUAUCAUUAGCACCCUUCUGUCUGGUGCUCAUGACCAAAUCAUUGACCCCGACCUUCAAAAGAUAUGGAAAGAUAUGGGUUGGAAAGGCAGCGUCAAAGCUAGACAUUUCGUCCUCGCGUUGCACGACUACUAUACUGAUAAGUUGAGCAAACAUAAUUCUGAUCCGCCCACCGUCGACCGCAGAUCGCUAGUGGUCAUGCCGCCGCCUCCUUGUCAACCUAGAUCGGCUCAGUCAGCAGUGUCUAACAUGAAGCGUCAAGACGACAAGUGGGCACUAGCUUAUAUUAACGCUGCUUACAUCCAACCGAUUCUCGAGGCGGUGGACGACGAUGGUACGGGCUUUGUCAGCGUUAAGGAGGUGAACACGUUCGUUGCUUCCCGACCAGAAGGAUGGAGCCUGCCUACCUGGAUUGCAUAUUGGGCUGUCGGCUGGCAAGCAAGUAUCUCCCUCUACAAAAACAAAAUCUAUGGCCUCGUCCAAACGAUGUUCCAGACUCUCGAACACAUCCUUCCCUCAAACAGACGUGUAGUUGACGAAUAUCUCUUUCAUCCCUCGUUUUGGCACAUCGAACUCCUGUUGCGGUCGACACAAUCGUCAAGCUCUAAGAUCUUGUCAGAUCCGGACUUGGCAAGGAUAACGGAGAUGUACACUGUAGUAGAGGAAGAGAGGUUGGAUAUGACCCUGCAAGAUGUCAAUUAUGAACUGGACACAACUGCUACUGUCUCCCUGAUAACAGGAGAAGGUCGAAUUGAACGCUAUGUCUUCCCGCUGAUCUACUUGCUCCUUCGCCGACAUCUCAAGGUCAUGAUGCUGGGGUGCAAGCAUGUCCUGGAUACGGAAGAACUCGCUACUCUCAAUGAAUCUCUUGUUUCUGUGCUCCUCCUCGUUGAUUAUUGCGUCCAGAAUCUUGAGGCUGUUUUCAAACAGACUCACUUGGAUGUUCAAGCUUGCCUCAGCAACUUCGCUUUUGGUAUUUUUCAACUCUCUUAUGGCGACAUCAAGCGCGUGCCAAUCCAAAACUCAUUCGCCACCUGGGUGGACGAAGACGAGAACACAACCAAAGAAGUCAUCACACCCCUGUCGAUUAAGACAAAGAUAUCACGUAUUCCAUUAGCUAUCCUCAAAUAUGCGGACCAGAAACAGAUCAUCGGGAAAGGUGAAGAUUUCGGCAACACCUUCAGUCUCACGGGUCGAGUCAGUCGCACGAGGACGGGGUAUAAUUUCGAAUUUGUGUUAGUGGACGAUGAUGAACUGUCGAGGACCGCCUCCGGUCAUCUGGACACCUCGACGAAUACUAUCAACUUGAGUUGGAGCGAUCGGCGACAAAAAGAGAACCCCGAGGAACCAUACUACCGGCCCAUUCAAAUGCGAAAGACGCCGCCUUCGCUGUUGAGGUAUCGAUAUACGCCACAGCGGUUCUUGGAAGACCCAGUGAGGGCACGAUGGGCUUUUGCUGGCAACGCGGCCUUGCAUCAAGCCCAGGAGAAGCUCUGGUCAAGACGAUUCUUCAAGGCAAGGUUUAUGGAGCGAAAGCGCUUCGUCGAGCUUAGCACAAGGUGCCUCAUCGUCACCAUGGGUCUUACUCCUCAAAAGCCACUCACUUCUGCUGAGAACGGCGAACUCGAGCACCUCCGGCGUGAUUUGAAUCCCUCCGAGGCUCGUUUUUAUCAAGCUCUCUGCGAGUUCGAGAUCCAAAAAUUGCCCUGGCAUCCUGCCUGGGGCUGCGAUUGGUGCGAGCGACGGAUAACGAAAUGCCGUGUGCUUUGUAUCCAGUGCAUGGCCGAGGACCUCUCCGACAACAUCAACCUCUGUGCCGUUUGCCUGGAUAAGUCGCCGUCGAAGCGUGGAUUCACGCACGAUAUCUCGCACGAUAUGGUGAAGGUCGAAGAAACCCUACACGACUUUCAUUUCGCGCAGGUUGUCGAGUCCGCACAUGCCACUAUCAACCGCAUCAAGGGAAUUUUCCGAACCAUCGAGUCUUCAACUUCCCUAGAUGCAGAGCAUGCUCUCGUGAAAAGAGCUUCGCUCGUCGAGGACACCAGACACGAACCGACCUGCGCGUGCUGCAACAGGCGUUUGUUGAUUGAAAUCUCUUACCCAGAGCGCGACACCUUUGUUUGCAUCGACUGUGAUGUGCGCAGGCUCAAAAGCAUCCCGAACGGCCCUUCUCCAGGCCACAAACUCAAUCACCCCUUGAUCAAGGUCCGCGAUGCCUCCAUCGCCGGUGCAGACGCCACCACAGAGGAGCGCCUCGCCAUCCUCCAGCAGCGUCUCGUAUCAAUGGAGCACAAAUUGACAUCCAGCCUCGCCGCCAUUGACGCCAAAGUCGAAGACCGCCUCGCCAAUCUCAAACACCGGAUCGAACAGCGCCUGGCGACGUUCGAGGCGAAUUCUGAGCUACGCUUCGAUACUAUGGAGGCUGUCCUCCGCCAGCUCGUUGCUCAGACUGCUGCUUUGCCCUCUGCCUACGCGCAGGUCAUGAAAGAACAACUCCAACGAAAUUCCUUACCUCCAACGCCGGCUACGAGCCCUCCACCCACCACCAUCUCCACCUCCUUCUCCAGCAUAGACCACUUCCGACCCAACCACCACAUCCACAUCCCGCCACGCGCCCUCGACGUCGCACAGCACAGAGACAAGACAGAAAGAGUCGAGGACACGUACCAGGUGUACUACUCCCCCUUCGUGUCUACGUCCCACCACAUCCCAUAUCCCUUCGAUACCUCACCCCCGCGUCUAUCUUCAAGUUCACCCCGCGUCUACCAUCAUCCGCCCACCUACCCAUCCCAUCCCCGCGUCCAUCCCCGCAAUUCACCCAAGUCACCGAAGGGUCGCGUCACUCGCCAUCUACCGUUCCAGGGCCACGCACUCGACUCUCGAAUCACCGUCAGCUGCCAGUUAUCAGUUAUAAAUCCCUUUCACCACGGUACCGCCAUCCGGCCGUUCAGCCUCGUGCAGACGGCGUGUCUGAUAUUCCCGUCAAGCUUUCACCCAUCCGUGUACGAUCCGUCGUUCCGUCCGACCGACAGUCGACCGUCGACCCUCGUGAUACGGGAUACCUCCGGAGCUGAAGCUGAAGUUGAAGUUUGA